AUGAAUGCCGGCCCUUCAACCACAAAAUACUGCCUAGAAAAUGUGAUCAACACGGUGAAAGAUUGCUCACUGCGUUCGACAAGGAACAACAUGAGGAUGUCAGUAUUUUCCAAGUGGUUAUAUGCGGCCACCUCCAAACAUGCAAACGAUGGCGGCGUGGAGCAGCUCAAGGUUUCUACAGAUGAUUUGGUUGAACUGACCCGUCUACAAACAGAUGAUGAGUUUUACAAAAAUCGAGUGUGGACCAAGGGGAAAGAAACUUUCCAUCAAAUUCUCCCCAAGCCAGAGCAGAUUCUCGCAGAAAUUCGCAAAGCCGGCUAUUUAGCGAACAAGCAAUCAGCUGCAGCAGCCGCAUUCAUUUUGAUGGAUGCGCAACGCAACUUUGCAAACGUGAACAAAGCAUGGGUUCUUGGGGAAACAGCUCCCCGCACAGGGCUCUUGAUGUCGGCCAUACUUGCUGGAAAGGAUUUUACAGUUCCUCAACUCAAGAGCAUUCUUUCUGGUAUUGGCGUGCUACCUCCUUCCACUGGGUCUGGAAAAAACAAUAAUGUACUCAAGAAAGAUCUUGUGACAGCAGUCGUCCAAGCUGUGUGCAAAGACUUGCCCCGAGAUGAGCAAGAGAAAAUCAUUGAGAGAAUUGCUGGUGAAACAAAAAAGGGACCCAGUGCCCCGUUGGAAUUGAUCGAAGCCGUAAGUCAUUUGGACGCACAAGAACAAGGAGAGUUCGAUCAACUUGUCCAAGGCUGUAUUCAAGAGCUUGAGGACAGGCAAAACAAAGCCCUUUCAAAGCUGAAGAAGUCUGCGCAAAGCAAAGCCGAGGCAGAGGCAGAAGACAAUGAGAAACAGACACCCAAAAAGGAAGAGAAAAAUGCGCCUGAAGGUGACAACGUUCCUUCUGAACCCUUUGCUGGUCCUGCUCAGGGUUCAUUUCUCCAAGCCGUGGAACUCAAGCCAGCUCAGGACAGGGCAGGACCGGCACAGAAGAAAACACGAGAACCAGGGAAAAAGAGAAGGGCCACCCCAGAAUGCCUCAAAAAUUUGCUACCAGAUAUUCCUGCUCUGUAUUUGGCAUGGAUGCCAGAAAACAGAAUGGUUCAGGUGGAUUUUCAAGGUUUGAAAGACAGAGGAGUCCAGCGAACGAAACAGAAAAGUUGGCCAUUCUAUGCAGGGAUCAGGCCAAAAUUGGCGGCAGUGGAAGAAGUGUUUGAAUUCAUAGACUUGAUAGGCCGCUCGUAUUACAAAAAAGAACAUGCGUCAUGGGUUAAACCCAACACUGACCAAAUCAAAGCUGCGUUGGAAACGCUUCUGGUUCCUCCCCCGUGA